GGCGAGAAGGCAAAAGGGACGCUGUUGUGGUCUGAGUUAUCCUGUUUGCGAGAGCUUCAAUAACCACUAACAUCGCGCCUCGUCUUCCGCGUAGUUCAAGCAAAGGAAGGAACACAAGCGAGAGACGGGCAAGAUGGGCGUCCUGAUCGCGUUCAUCGUCGGCCUCCUCGUCUCAGCCGCGGCAGCGACCCCAGCAGCCGCCGGCCGCCCCUGGGAGACGCACCUGAACCAGCUGGCUCCGAGCUCCUCCAGCGAAGCCCAGGCAGAUGCCGUCGAGGGCCUCAUCAAGCGGCUGCUUCCCGACCGCGCCGAGGCCUUCGCGGUGACCGUGGACCCCUCGAUAGGCCCUCAGUACAAGGAUACUUUCGUGGUGACUUCUCCGGGCGUGAACGCAACGGUCGACAUCACAGGAACCUCUGGCGUUGCAGCUGCCUCGGGUCUCCUGCAUUACCUCAAGUACUCCUGCAACGCGCAUGUCUCCUGGGAGGCCGAUCAGCUGGAUCUGCCGGAUGCCCUUCCGGCUGCCCAGAUCAAGGUCACUUCAGUUGACAGGUUCCGUUACUACCAGAACGUGUGCACGGUCUCCUACUCCAUGGCGUGGUGGGACUGGGCGCGGUGGGAGCGGGAGAUCGACUGGAUGGCACUGAACGGCAUCAACCUCCCCCUGGCGUUCACGGGGCAGGAGGCCAUCUGGCACCGCGUCUACACCGCCCUGGGACUCACGCAGGAGGAGCUGGACGAGCAUUUCUCCGGCCCCGCGUUUUUCGCCUGGGCGCGCAUGGGGAACAUCCGCGGGUGGGGAGGCCCCCUCUCCAUGGCGUGGCACAACCAGACCCUCGCCCUCCAGCACAAGAUCCUCGACAGGAUGCGCCAGUUCGGGAUCCUGCCGGUCCUGCCUGCCUUCGCCGGGCACGUGCCGGGGGGGCUGACCAGAUUAUUCCCGGAGGCGAACAUAACGCGGAUGUCAAGAUGGGUCAAUUUCCCGGAUCAGUAUUCAAGAACCUAUCUACUGGAUCCAAACGACCCUCUCUUCCUGAAGAUCGGCUCGGCGUUCAUUCAGGAGAUCAUGAGCGAGUUCGGGACCGACCACAUUUACAACUGCGAUACUUUCAACGAAAUGACUCCCUCCUCUAACGACCCGACUUAUUUACGGAGCGUCGGUGCUGCCAUCUAUGGAGGGAUGUCGCAUGCGGAUCCUGGUGCCAUCUGGGCGAUGCAAGGCUGGAUUUUCUUCAAGGAUCCCACUUUCUGGAAGGUGGAACAGUCCAAGGCUCUCCUGACCUCGGUCCCCCUCGGUCGUCUCCUGGUGCUGGACUUGGCCUCCGAGCGAGCGCCUCAGUACAACCGCCUCGAGUCCUACUUCGGGCAGCCCUUCAUCUUCAACAUGUUGCACAACUACGGCGGCGUCGACGGCCUCUUCGGCAACGUUGGGACGCUGUUGCAGAACCUGCAGGAGGCGCGGGCGUUCCCCAACGUCACGAUGGUGGGCACGGGACUCACGCCGGAGGGCAUCAACCAGAACUACGUGAUGUACGACUUCAUGAACGAGAUGGGCUGGAGGCAGCAGGCGCCCAACGUCACGCAGUGGGCCGCUGACUACGCCCGCAGGAGGUACGGAAGCAGCGACGCCCGUCUGGCCACCGCCUGGCAGUACCUGAUGAGGAGCGUGUACGACUGCCAGAUUUUCCUUCGAUUCCACGGACGACAUAUAAUCAUCGCGCGGCGUCCGAAACUUCGCCCGAAUUAUCUCAUGUGGUAUAACAUGACAGACGUGGUCGCCGCGUGGGACUUGCUGGUGGGGGUUGCCCGUGGCGACGCGGCCGACGCCUCGGAGGCACACGAGGAUCUGGAAGGAGUUGGUAUGGAUCCGGCCAUUCCUGCCGGACAGAGCGGCAUAAGGCGGGGGGACGCGAGGCGAGGAGGCCGCGCGGACGAGGGAGCCCCGCCCCCCCGCCGCAGCUUCUCGGCGAGCGGGGAGGAUGCCGGCCAACAGCGCCUCAUAGCAACCGCGGGGGGAGACGCCCCUCCGCCGCAGCACAGCCUGGAAGGGCGCCGCGAGCCUCAACAGCAGCGAAUAAGGAGGGGUGUUGAGCCGAGGCCUGCGCCCCCCGCACGUCCCCGCUACGCCGGGGGAGCGUCGGACUCGCAACAGCGGGACAUGAGCGAGGAGGACUGCCCGGAGGAGAGCGGGGACGGGAGGGGGCGGGCCGGGGAGAGGGAAGGAGAGCGGGAAGGACAGCGGGAGGAUCGGCCGGAGAGGGAGAGGGAGAAGGCGGCCGUAGUCACUGACCAGGCCACGUUUAGGCACGACCUGGUGGACGUCACGCGGCAGAUCUUGCAGGUUACGGGAGGACAGAUGGUUAUGAAAAUGAUCGACCACUAUCGAAAUAAAGUCUCGUUGGCUGUAGAGGAGUCCCACAUGCUGCUUCUUGACCUCCUGAAGGACAUGGAACAACUGCUGGCUUCUUCUCCCGACUUCCUGCUGGGACGCUGGGUGAAGGACGCCGCGUCGUGGGCCACUACUCAGGAGGAGCGCGACCUGUACGUGUACAACGCCCUGAACCAGGUCUCGCUGUGGGGUCCCCAGGGGCAGAUCACCGACUACGCCGUGAAGCAGUGGGCGGGGCAGGUGAGCGAUUACCUUCUGCCGCGCUGGGACAAGUUCGGGAGGGCGUUGGUCGACUGCCUGGCGGAGGGGAAGGACUUCGACCAGCUGGCUUUCGGCGAGGACCUGUUCAAGACGGUGGAGGAGCCGUUCACCAAGAACGUGAAUCGCACGUUCUCUUCCGAGCCGAUUGGUGACAGCGUGGAGAUAGCAUUGAGACUCCACGCCAAAUACCGGCCAAUUUACGACGCGAAGUUCCUUAGCUAUCUGGAAAUGAGGUACAGGCAGCUUCUGAAGAGAGAGGAGUGGAUGAAGAUGAAGAAGGAAGGGAAGAGGAGGAAAGGGAUGAUGAAGAAGACGAAGGGGAAGAUGAAGAAGGGGAAGGAGAUGAAGGGAAAGGGGGAGAAAAUGGACUCGUGGCGGGAAAAUAGUGUUAAGGCGUUUGAAGAAUAAAGGAAGGAAGAGGGGAGAUUGAGGGAGAGAGAGAGAGAGAGAGAGAGAGAGAGAGAGAGAGAGAGAGAGAGAGAGAGAGAGAGAGAGAGAGAGAGAGAGAGAGAGAGAGAGAAAGAGAGAGAGAAAGUGAAAGUGACUGAUUAAGUGAAAGAGAGAUAGAGAGAGCGAGAGAAUGAGAGAGAGAGAGAGAGAGAGAGAGAGAGAGAGAGAGAGAGAGAGAGAGAGAGAGAGAGAGAGAGAGAGAGAAAGAGAAAGAGAGAAAGAGACUGAGAGAGAAUUAAUGAACGGGAAAGAGUGAAUGAAAGAAUGAUUUUUUUUUUCCAAAUGAUAAGCUCUUGUAUCGGCAAAGACACAGAAUCUUCAUUAGUUUCUCGCCUCAAGUUUCAGUCACGUAAAGAUUACUGAUUGCAUUCUCCAAGCUGUGUUUGAAUAGCGAAGAUGAUUUUGUGAUUAUUGAAAAACUGAUUAAAUAAACAUGAUUGGUGAA